CUCCCCGUCUUCACAAGUCAUUGGACGUGUCUUUAUCUUUGUCUUUCGCGCAGCCUUUCUCGAAGUCAACGCAAGGCAGAGAGGUUUGGUCAUUAUGUCUCCUCGUCCUCCUCCUCCCACCCCGGGUCAACCUCGAGCUUCGGCCGCAGGCAUCAAUCGUGGCGGUGGCUCAGGUUACGCGCCAGGUAGGAGUUGCAAAUCCCCCGAAAUCCCUGGUACAAUCUAACGAAUAUACUAGGCCGUCCUGCUGGUUAUAACAAUACCAGAGUUGGUCCACCAAAGAUUCGAGAAACCGUGCUUGUAAGCAUUCCACAAUUCGCCAGACAAUGGAGAAAUAUGCUGAUAUUAAAGGUGGCCAAUGGACCUGUCCUAUCCGAGCAGGCACCUGCCCGAACACCACCUGGCCGAGAGCGUAUCGUCACCAACAUGACUGCGGAUGACCCGACCAAGCCGUGGAUUCCGACCCACUUGCGGCAACCAUCUGCUUUUGGUGCGAUUUGCCGUAUGGCUGAUAUGACUGGCAUGAAACUCGAAGAGUUGACAACUGAUGGUGUCAGCAUUCCAGGAAUUCCGAGAAAUCGUCCAGUUUCUCCGAACAUCCCUCGUGCGAGUGCAAUCCAACAUCAAAUGCCACCCCCUGCUCCCUCUCCUGCUGUCACUACACAGGAUGAGGACGACCCAUAUGGCUGGAUGGCCGCCAUUGUCAAUGGGCCAGACAUGAGUGAUUUUCAUGUUGCUCCUACCGCUACAGUUGCCGAACCUGCUCGUGUAGCUUCUUAUUCUGAGAUGGAUGUCGACAUGGCCGAUGACUCUGCUCCGAUUGUCUCACCGAGAACAUUCCACAUUGGUACGUUGGCAGACUCCCAGUGGGCUUCCACUCGAAAUUCGACUUUCCAACAAAGCCAACCGGUCUCUAGAGGCCCACUGUCGAGUUCCGUCUCCGGUCAACCCUUGAAUAGCUUCAGCAACAGUACGGAGAAUGUUAAGCCAACGGCCCAAAAUGUACCUUCUCAGGCUCCAAGCCAAUCGAAUGCUCCAAUUUCCACUGUCUUGACUCGAGCUCUCGCCGAGCAGAAGCCAGACAAGAAGUUGGCCACAUUGAAGGAUUCCCGUUGGGCUUAAGCCUUGGCUGACCAUGCAAUUGUCCAAUACUUAGAUUUCUUUGUUUAUUGACAAGCUCCUUCUACUUCCUGCGAAUUUCUCGAUCUUGCUCUGCAGCUGCUGGUCUAUUUCCGUCGUGGCAUCUUUAUGCAUGGCGACUGCGCUUUGAGAGAAAUGGGCCAAAUAAGUUGCGCUUGGGCUGGUUUUGAAUUAUGUAUUGAUACUUUGCUUUUUUUUCAGUCGAUCAUGAGAGCGGUGAUGAUGUGUCGAUGAAUGAUCGAGGGAGUGGACUGCACUUCUCUGAUCUAUGCGUGACGACUCGGACUUUGUAUGUGUUGCUCUGGUAUCCCUACGGCUUCCUUUCUUCGGAUUUGAGGCAUCAUUGGACACCAAAGAA